AGUCUGUACCGGCAGAAGGUGUCAAAUCAAAAGAGUGCGCAGCGGCCAGGAUUAUCUCUGUGCCGUCAGACAUACUAUUUGACCAUUUUAUACAAGAAACAGACUGAAGGACAGGUGCGUGAAAAAAAAAAGCUGAAGUUAAAAAGGCGGCCCUGAUUAGACAGUCACGCGUCGCGCCAACCCCCAAUUUUUCGGUCACUUUUCCAAAACGCGUCCUUUUUUAUUUUCAUUCGCUUUGUGUUUUUACCGUCGCCGUCAUGUCUGAACUUGUGAGCGAUCAACUUAUGACCAAUGUGCUGGACUCUCAGGUCGCACCUAUGCUUGAUACCGAAGACCUUCCAGGUUCCACUCCGGCCAACAUCAACAUGGAUGUCGAUGCCAUGGACGAAGAACCUGUCCAGGCACCUAGAAGAAUCGGUUUCACCACAGACAGAGUCACGAAAGUCGUCGAUCAAACAGCCGUUACAUUGAUGGAGAGCUUUGAAGCCUUUUUGGAAUCAUUCAAGGACACCAGUGCCACGUAUAUGACGUCUCAAUCGGCUUACCUUGGUCUUCCAUACAUGAUGCAAUUGGAACAACUCAAAUAUUCGGAAACACAGACUAUUUACGUAGACUUUGCCCACAUUGAGCAAGCUGAUCCUUCCUUGGCCACGGCCUUGUUGGAACAAUACUAUCGUUUCAUGUUGUAUCUUCGUCGUGCAGUCCAAAACGUGGUCAAGAAGCACUUCCCUGAAUAUAUUCACAUCAACACCACCUCGGCUGAAGCGACUCCUGGCGCUGUCAUGAGAGAAUUUACCGUUGCGUUUUAUGGUGUGCCAGACUUGGCUCGUGUGCGUCAACUCAAGACAGACAAGAUCGGUCGACUUAUCAGCAUCAGUGGCACAGUCACACGCACAACAGAAGUUCGUCCUGAAUUGAUUUAUGCUUCCUUCACAUGCAAUGAGUGUCGCACCGUCGUGAAUGAUGUUGAACAACAGUUCCGAUACACAGAGCCUGCCAUGUGUCCAGGUAUUCAGUGCUUCAACCGUCAACAUUGGACUUUGAAUGUCGAACAGUCCAAAUUUGUCGAUUGGCAAAAAGUGAGAAUUCAAGAAAAUUCUAACGAAAUUCCUACCGGAAGCAUGCCUAGAAGCUUGGACGUUAUUGUACGAAACGAAAUGGUCGAGCGAGCUAAAGCCGGUGAUAAAUGUGUUUUCACCGGUACAUUGAUCGUCGUUCCUGAUGUCGCCGCAUUCAGAACGCCCGGCACCUCGGUGGAAGCUCAAAGAGAUACCACCACACGAUCGCGUGAAGGUUUAGCCAAUGAAGGUGUUACUGGCUUGAAAGCACUGGGUGUUCGCGACUUGACCUACAAAUUAUCCUUCUUGUGCUGUAUGGUGCAACCCGAUAAUGUCUUCAAGACCUCCAUCACGAAUCUUCAAAGCGACGAUAGUGGAGAAGAAGAUCAGCAGCAUGUGCUCAAUGACUUUACGCCGUCAGAAGUGGACGAUUUGAAAAAUAUGCUUAAUGAGGAUAAAGGCAUUUACAGCAAACUUGUCAACAGUAUCGCACCCAGUGUAUUCGGACACGAUACCGUCAAGAAGGGUAUUUUGCUGCAAAUGAUGGGUGGUGUUCACAAGGUCACUCCCGAAGGCAUGAAUCUUCGUGGCGAUAUUAACGUAUGUAUUGUCGGUGAUCCAAGUACAAGCAAGAGUCAGUUUUUGAAAUACGUCUGCGGGUUCAUGCCACGUGCAGUGUACACGUCUGGAAAAGCCUCUAGUGCAGCGGGUUUGACGGCCUCUGUAAUCAAAGAUGAAGAAACCGGCGAAUUUUCGAUUGAGGCUGGUGCUCUUAUGCUUGCUGAUAAUGGUAUUUGUGCGAUUGACGAAUUCGAUAAAAUGGAUAUCAAAGAUCAAGUCGCUAUUCACGAAGCCAUGGAACAGCAAACCAUUUCUAUUGCCAAAGCAGGUAUUCAAGCAAGCUUAAAUGCCCGCACAAGUAUCCUGGCGGCAGCCAAUCCUGUCGGUGGCCGAUACAACCGAAAGCUGACCUUGAAGCAAAACAUCAACAUGUCGGCACCCAUCAUGUCCCGUUUCGAUUUAUUCUUUGUUGUGUUGGAUGACUGCAACGAAGUCACGGAUUACAAUAUUGCUCGCCAUAUUGUCAAUGUCCAUCGAUUAAAGGAUGCUUACAUUGAGCCAGAAUAUUCGACCGACCAAUUGCAGCGUUACAUUCGUUUUGCAAGAACAUACAAACCCAAGAUGACGCCAGAAGCAGCCAAAAAAUUGGCCGAAUGUUACCGCGACCUUCGACAAGGCGAUGCUCAAGGGGUUGGAAAGAACUCGUACCGUAUCACGGUCCGUCAAUUGGAAAGUAUGGUUCGACUUUCCGAAGCCAUUGCUCGAGUUUACUGUCGUGAAGAGAUCACGGAAAACUUUGUGGCUGAAGCUUAUAAUUUGCUUCAGAAAUCUAUUAUUCGUGUGGAGCAAGACGAUGUUGAAAUCGAAGAAGAGGAUGCCGACAACGACGUCAUGUCAAGCGGAGAAGCUCUCAAUGGGUUACGCGAUCUUCGUAUUGGAGAUCACCCUGAAAACACGACGCAAGACACAACUGAAACCGAUCAAAUGCAAACAGACGAAGCAGGUCACCGAAAGAUCAGAAUUGAAUACGAAAAGUACGAACGUAUCAAGAAAAUGAUUGCUUAUCGACUAUCGGAAGCUCAACGAGCAGUGGUUGGACAAUGUAUGUGUGACAGUGGACUGUUUUUGUAUGUGUGUAUGGCGUAAAUUAAUCAGCGUUUGAUUUUUGUUUUUCCUGUAG